CACAUCAGCCCCAGCUACAAUGAUGGCAACAAUGUCCUCUUCAAGCUACACGCGCCCAACACUGAUGACAAUGGGCAGCCUGGCUUCUUUGCCCAACUUGCAAUCGAUGCCUGCGCCGUAAUUGCGGAAGACUAUGCCGACCAAGGCUGGCUGUUGCUGUCGCGGGACGGGCAGCGCCCCAAUCAACCCACCAGCACGCUGCGCCAACGUAGCUACUAUUUCCACCUCAAGGCCGCCGAUGUUCUGUAUGCCAACGUCCCUAACUUCCGUCAGUGGAGUUACCCACACGACCGCCUUACCCCACACCGGCAACAGCUGGCUCGCGACUUGAACACCGUCCCGUCUAGCAUCACACUUACACCCUCUAACCUGACGAGCGCCCUGGUCAUCUGCAACGGCUCGUGUGGCCUCAGCGGAUGCUGCGAGCAGCUGCAGAUUGCACGUGUCGUACCCCAGUCCGAACUGGACUGGUGGAGGGCCAACGACAUGUCGUGAUACAACACGGGCUUGGCAGCCACGCUCGAUGACACCGCGAACGCGCUACUCUUGCGCGCCGACCUGCACAUCGCCUUUGACAAGCCCCUUGUUGCUUCGGUCCCAAGCCAGCCACCGAUGGCAACAUGCGACUCGAUGCGCAUUUGCUUGAACACUUGCCCGAGCUCGAGCACCUCUACCACAACCGCCAGCUGCACCCCACCGCAGUCGGCGUCGACACGCUGUACGCGCGCUUUGCAUGGUCCGUCUUCACGCUGCUCAAUGCAUUCCUUAAGUGUAGAAUUGACCGGUGUCUCGCCUUGCGUACUUUUGGUGCGCGCUUAGCAGAUGCGCGGGGCUUCGUUCCUGCCGUUAAUUGCAAACUUUUCUCAACCGCUGCGACAAGAAACGUUCCCAAAGCCCGAAGA